AUAAAAAAAGCGGCAGCAAUAUAAUCAAAGGAUUUGUUUUUUAAUUUUGUUUUUUAUUUUUGUGACAAGGAAAGAGACUUAUUCAAGAUGCAGCAAAUAACGGAAUAUCACUUUGAAGAGACUCGCAAAAUGCAUGGCGUGAAACGUGUGCUCAUCUUUUGCCUUAUGAUAGUGAUUAUACCAGCUACAUUGAUCAUUAUGCCUUUAUAUUUACGUAGAACGGUUUUCGCCGAUGUGGUUUAUCCUGUGGCCGAAUCGGAUAUUAUAGAAAUUCGUGCCGGAAUCUCAUCGAUCUUCUGUUCGAAGCACACUCUGAAAAUGGAUAGUCACUUCAAUGCAUUUCAAUUGCGUAACAAGCCAGAGAUCUCAACUAAUCGCAAACACAUUCGAUUGAAGAAAUCAAUGACUCUGCCGGAUGAUACAUUGGAAUAUUGGGGCUUCUUUUUAUUGGCCGGUGCAAGUGUGAAAUUCAAGUUCUGCUCCCGUUACGAUGGCUCCCGCAUCAUGGUGGUGAAGGGUGAUCGUGAAUUGCAACUUUGUGGUCUAACCGAUCAUAAUAAGAAUAAAUUUGGUGCCAACUAUGCCCAGGGACAUGAGCAAGUGCGUGUAUUCUUUGAAGAUGUGGUCGAAUUGCAGAGUGAGAAUGCUCCCAACGAGGGCGUGCUUGAGCAGGAGAAUAAUGCUGGCGAGGAUUUGAGUGAUGACCACAUUGCUGCCACAAAUGCCACCACACUUGACAAUACAACAUUAACCUCUAUGUCUUCGACAAAUGGCAAACAUCCUAAAAAGAAGCUAAAGAAAGGCACUCCACAUCACUCGGAAAAUAGCGUAGGUGGAAAUGUCACCGCAAGUGAACCUCUUGAGACACGGACUAGACGGCAUCAUGGCCAACAUUUAUCACACUCAGAACAUGCUCAAAAGAAACGUGAGCUCUACGAUCAGCUAUAUAAACGCCCGAAGCGCGAAAAUGUCUAUGAUCGAAAGUAUAGUCAUGGCGGAAAUGCCAUGAACUUUACGGAAACCGAUGAAUCGAAUUCGGUUUCCAGUUUUGAAAAUGGACUUAUAGCUUGUUUUCGUCAUGGCUUGUUGCUGGCCAAGUUCUUUAACUCGAGCUCAGCGUGCACCAGUGCCCAUUAUCUGGAGAAUGCCACCCAUGGGGUGGCAAAUGGCACCCAUGAUAUUACACAAGCUGGAUAUUAUUAUUAUAUAUUUUAUAGUGACAAUGAUUUAGUUAGAAACGAUAUUCAUGCCAUAUUUGAUAUUUAUAAGCCAACGUUUCAAUAUUCGAAUCUAAGCGAAUCGCAAAGCUGUUUAAAUACCACUGAAUGCAGUUUCAAUAUCAGUUUCCUAUCCGAUGAAAUAGUCGUUGUCGAAGUACCCACCAGAGAUGGUAUUGAGCAUGAGGCGGAUGAUAUUACAAAUCUAAUAUCGACAUGCCAUCCACGUAGUGAGAUCUAUGCCAUAUUCCCCAUUACGGUAUUGGUGCUAAUAUUGUGCUGCUCCUUUCUAUAGUCUUAAGGCGAAACGAACAACAACCACAGCAACAACAACAAAAAUCAACUGGUAGGAAAUAUUGUGAUAUUUAAAUACAUAUAUAUUUAUAUAUAUUGAGCUAAAAACUAAGUGAUAACUGUGAGGAUACAAAUCUAUAUGGCCGGCCCACGUAAUUACCAUACUAAAUAGCUAGUAUGCAGAGCUUAACACACACAUAUUAGCCAUAGUAGAAAAUCACAAAAAAUAUAAAUCAUAUAUAUGUAAUAUCUAUAAGAAAAGAACAGUCUGAACAAUAUGUAAAUUAAAACAAAUCACUGAAAAUAUAUUCUUUAGAAUAUAAUAACGAUUUAGCCUAAUUUUAAGCAAACAAGCAUUUCGGUUUUAAGAAUUUGUGUAAACUACAUGUAAAUCUAUUGUCUACUAUUAAGACAACAAAAAUGUUAAUAAAUUAAGAAACUACAUUUCAUUUUUAAAAUAGUAAAAAAAUAUUUCAAGCACAGACUGGCAGUAUCAAAAUUUUCUAAACUUUAUUUUCAAUCAAGGAUUACAGGAAAAUUUUAAACAUUUCAAAUCUAAAGAAAAUGGUUUUCAAUCUAAUUUAAUUAACGGUCACAGGAAAUUUUUAAACCUUUCAAAUCUUAAGAAAAUGGUUCUCAAUUCAAAUGGCCACAAAUUUAAGUUCUAUAGAAAUUAUACGCUAACAUUCCAUGGUAGUUAGAACUAUCACAAAGAUUUAUAGGAAAUUUGUAAGAAGUUACAAUGACAUAUUCUUUAAAAUGCAUAAUUUUUAAUAUACAGUUCAGCUCUAUUUAUAAUAGAUAUAUGUUAAAUAUAAUAUAGUCCACUUCUCUGGCGUUAGAGUAUAUAUAAUUCAAAUUCAGAUAUAACUUCCGGUAUUCUUUGUGUGUGUUUUUUUAAACAAAUUUAAUUGCUGUAAAUGCCUCAAAUAAGUUCCAAAUCACUCGGCAGGGGUUCAAACAAUAGUUCAAUUUAUCUAAAUUUUUAUUGUUAAUUGAAAAAAUCUAUUAAGUCAUUAAAAAAAACAACAUAAAUUGCAAUGUUUCCCCUGACAGAACAGUAAUAAUUUAGACACUUUGUUAAACUGACUGAGUGGAACUUUUAUAUUAUUUUUCUAUUUUCUUUUUUUUUUCAUUUUUUGUGAUACCUAAUGAUAAAUUUUUAACAAGAUUUGAGAGCAGACAAAAUAUAUUGUUGCUAUCAUUUGGUCUGUUUAUUCUUGUUAUUAAUUUUGCCUAAUUCACACAUUGUUAUUUUAUUUUCUGAUUUGGGCACGAGUAUAAUGCAAAUAUUUACACGAAUUGUCUGUUUGUACUUGAAAUAAUAAAUGAAUGGAAAUCAACAUUGUCAUCAGAAAUGAAUUAAUUUCAUUGGCAUGGCACAAAUGUUUAUGAGAAUUAUACCAACGAUGAUAAUCAUGAUGAUGAUGAUGAAGAUAAUAAAAUAAAUAAUAACAAUGGGGAUGAGAAGACCUAAAGUGCCUUAUAGAAUUUAGUGAUUAAUCAAUUAUGUAAUGUAUGUUGUAAAACAAAUUUGAUAAUGCAAUAAAAUGUAGAACUGAAAUAUAA